AUGGAUGGUUUAGAUCCUUUCAUCUUUAAGGUUGCUGCUCCCAUCAUUGCCAAGACUAUCUCUGACCUUUUUAACCAAUCUCUCCUCUCUGGGGAGGCUCCCAUUGCUUGGAAGGAAAAACAUGAAGAUCUUCAAUACUGUUUUCAAGAUAGAAACUCUUCUUGCAGAAAGGUUUUGCUAUCGACAUCUAUCUACAUAACUCUGUACAUCUUCUUCUCAUUGAUUUCAGCGGUUACAGUAUUUUUGAACGUACUGGUGAUCAUCUCCAUCUCUCACUUCAAGCAGCUCCACACUCCAACCAACCUGCUCAUCCUCUCUCUGGCUGUGGCAGAUGUCCUGGUGGGACUGAUUGUGAUACCAGUAACGACUGUAGCAUUAAUGGAACCAUGCUGGGGUUUUGGGGAAUAUUUCUGUGUGUUUUAUUUCUACAUCACGUGUUUAUGUGCUUCUUUAUCUCUGGGCAGUUUGGUCUUGAUAUCUAUUGACCGCUAUGUUGCUGUGUGUGAUCCCUUAUUGUACCACUCUAAAAUAACAAUAACAAGAAUGAUGUGUUGUAUAUCCAUUACCUGGUGUUUUUAUAUCAUAUAUGAUGCUGCUAUUAUAAAAAUAUUUGUAAAUGUACAGGUACCGAGUAGGUGUUUGAAAGAAUGUGUUAUUGUUGAAGGGUUUAUGUGGGGUAAUAUAAUUGACCUUGUAAUUACAAUGGUUGUCCCGUGCUCUAUUAUUAUAACACUUUAUUUGAAAAUCUUUGUGGUGGCCAGAUCACAGGCCAGAAAGGUAUUUUCAAAAGAGGCUGCCAGUGUGUCUGGUGUUAAAACUGUACAGGCAAAUAAGUCUGAGAGAAAAGCAACAAAAACUCUGUCUAUUGUUGUUUUCAACUAUCUCAUUUGUUGGAUUCCAAUUCAAUUUUAUUUCUUUUUUAUUUUAAUUGACAAUGUAUCGUCAUUCAUCAUCAGCUUUUUUCCACUUGUUAAUUCCUUAAUUAAUCCAAUCAUUUAUGCUUUCUUUUAUCCAUGGUUCAAAGUGACAGCUAAACGUAUUUUAACUCGGGUGAAGUUAAGGCGUUCGUAG